CCAGUGAUAACUGUUGGGAAACACUUGGCUUGUAUGUCGGGUGUUUGUUAAGGAAAACGGGGGAUGGGAUGUGUUGAUGUAAAAAGAGUCGGAAAGUGAAAGUAAAGAGAAGAGAUGACGAGCUGUGCUUAAACACUUCUCAUCAUGAUCAUUUUCUGUAUCGUUGUCCUUGUCCUUCCAGCAAGCCAGUCCAUGCCGUUGGCCGGUUGGGUGCAGUCACCUGGACAUCCACGUGGGUAUGACCCCGAUUCCAGCCUUAACUGGACAGAAUGUGCCCCUGCUGGACUCAAAACCACACUCACUCUAACACACUUAGACCUGGAAGAAGCCUAUGAUUGUGAGAAUGAUUUCUUGAAGAUAUAUGCAGACGGGGAGCUCUUGUUCAAUCUGUGUGGACGCAAAUCCAUGAAGGAGCUGCAGACAUCCAUAAACCCCUUUCUCCACUCCUCUUCUGGUGGCUGUCUGUUUCUUUCAUUUUUAGCAGACUACUCGAAUCCCGUGAGACACACUGGCUUUCGGGGCUUUUACACCAUACAUGACGUUGAUGAAUGUAAAGACCCUGAAAAUGAGUGCACUCAACUCUGCAGUAACUACAUUGGGGGUUAUCGCUGUUUCUGUAGCGAAGGGUAUUUUCUCGACCCCGAUCAACACACAUGCAGAGUUAGUUGUAAUGAAGAUCACACAGACUCUCAAGAGGGUGUGCUGAUGUCACCUGACUGGCCUGGGUCAUCACCGGAGAACCUUCUCUGUUCUUACAUACUGUCUGCAAAAGAGGGUCUGCAGUUUGAAAUAACAUUAACAGGCCAGUUUGAUGUGGAGAUGGCAGCGAACGGACAGUGCAAGGACUCAUUAACUAUAAAAACUCUUUCUGAUGAGGAGACAUACUGUGGGAACAAGCGCCCUCCUUCCCUAUUCAUUUCCAGGUCUAAACAUGUUGAGAUUACCUAUAGGACAGAUGACGAAGGAACAAACAAAGGGUUUAGACUGAGAUACAAAACCAUAGAGAUGACAUGUCCUGGAACUGUGACAGAACAUUCUCGUCUGAUCCCUAAUAAGUCUGAAUAUAAUCAUGGAAGUGAGAUUACAGUUCAGUGUGAUAAGGGUCACAUACUUAACUCUAUUGGUGAGGUGAAACGUGAGUACAGAUCCACAUGCAAAACCAAUGGACAGUGGAGUCUGGUUAUCAAAUGUGAACCUGUAGAUUGUGGAAACCCAAAUCUUCCAGAUGUGACAGAACUAACAGUAGAAGAUCCUCAAACAACGUACCAGAAAGAAAUCACUCUCACAUGUAUCUCUGAAUAUUACCGGAUGACUGGAAAUGGUAUUUUCACCUGUGAUGCCAGUGGUACCUGGGUAUCUGAGAGUGGUCAAAACCUUUCUGAAGAUUUGCGUAUAUGUGAACCAGUGUGUGGAAUGAAUACAGAGAUUGCUAGUGGAAGAGUCUUUGGUGGAAAACCAGCCCUAUUGGGACAGAUUCCCUGGCAGCUCUUACACAGAUCAAAUCCUAGAGGUGGUGCAGUUCUGAUCAGUGAUUAUUGGGCGCUCACGGCAGCUCAUGUAUUAGAUGGAUACGAAGAUGACACAAUGAAUUGGUUAGGGGGAAUGAUCGAUGCUCAAGACAAAAACAUAGUCAACAUGGAGACAAAAAAGAUAAUAAUUCAUCCAGAUUAUGAAAAAGUGGGCAAAAAUGGCGAUCCAAAAAACUUUGAUAAUGACAUUGCACUGAUCAAAAUGACAGAAAGAGUGCCACUUGGUCUAAACCUCAGGCCGGUGUGUCUACCAGAUAAACCAAUAGUGGAGGGAUUAGAAGGCACAGUCUCAGGGUUUGGAGGAACGCACAAAAACAAAAGGAGCCAAGUUUUGCUUUAUGGGGAUGUUAAAAUACAUCCUCUUAAUAAAUGUGAUUCAUUUGGUCAGACUGUAACUGAUAACAUGAUCUGUGCUGGAAAUGAUGAUGGUGUUGAUAGUUGUAAAGGUGACAGCGGUGGUCCAUUUAUUUACCCCAGACUCCUGCAAAACUCUGCAAAAGAGCCCUAUAGUCUUCUUGGUCUUGUAUCGUGGGGUCCUUCUGAAUGUGGAGAUCAAAGGUAUAAAGGUUUCUACACUAAAGUCCAUAACUACAUCGACUGGAUCAAACAAACCAUUGCACAGAACUAGCAUCAGCACAUUGAAAUAGCAUUCAGCUUUACCUGUCUGUCAUUAUUGUAUCGCACAUCAGUCAUGUUACCUUCAGUCAUUGACUUAAUCUCUGAUCAACAUGUAUACGACACUACUAUUUAGAUAAACAUUGUUUGGCGUUUGUAUUUUUUUAUAGCCAGUGUCUCUGUUUCAUCUUCAUAAUAAAAAAGUUUAAACACAAAGAAAUUGUGUCUUUUUUCACCAAUGUAACAAUGGCAUGGCAAAUGUUUGUGAAGCCCUAUUAUUAAAAAAAAUGUACUUUUACACAUAAGACUUUCAAUAC